UGUUCAAGGACAACUAUGAUGGUAAUGACAGGCAGUGAACCGAUGAGAAGUUGGACUGGUAAGACUCGGGAUUGCCGUAGCUGUCUGCGAGCAGAGUGUUUGGUACCAAAUUGGACCAGAAUGGAAAGAUUUAACUGAAAAAGAAAAAGGAAAAGAAACACCAGCAAUGCAGAAGACUUCUAAAAUGCAAGACGAGCACACUGAGUGCGCGUCUGGAAGUCUCCCGUUAUUAAAUGAGUACAACGCUAGCUUCGUGCUUAACAACACUAAUCUCUCGUGGACUAACUACCCGGAUCUCGCUGAUUUGGAUAAACCUGACUUUGUGGGAGACGGAUCCGCGGUGCUGAGAAUUAUCAUCUCGGUCAUUUACUCGGUAGUGUGCGCUCUGGGUUUACUUGGAAACAUCCUCGUCCUGUAUCUCAUGAAGUCCAAGCAAGCAUGGAAGAAAUCUUCCAUCAACCUCUUCGUGACCAGUUUGGCCGUGACUGACUUUCAGUUUGUUUUGACACUUCCUUUUUGGGCUGUGGAAAAUGCCAUGGAUUUCACUUGGCUGUUUGGUAAGGCGAUGUGUAAGAUAGUUUCUUAUGUCACAGCCACAAACAUGUACGCCAGCGUGUUUUUCCUGACAGCUAUGAGUGUGGCGAGAUACUGCUCUGUGGCUUCGGCGUUAAAAAGUCGGAGACGCCGGUGGCGUUUGUCCGCGCGAUGGAUGAGUAUCGUCAUAUGGGUAGCUGCAGUCGGUGCCGCUUUGCCAAACGUGAUAUUUUCAACGACCGCCACCGUGUCGAACGAGGAACUGUGUCUUAUGAAAUUUCCCGACCGGAGCGGAGACGCGCAGUUUUGGUUGGGGUUAUAUCACGCGCAAAAAGUACUGUUGGGGUUCCUAAUUCCCCUUGGAAUAAUCACAAUAUGUUACCUGCUCCUUUUGCGCUUCAUAACUAACAAAAACGUCAACACGUCCAGCGCAAAAAGACGCUCCAAAGUGACCAAAUCUGUGACAAUUGUUGUUUUGUCCUUUUUCCUCUGCUGGUUGCCGAAUCAGGCGUUAACAGCGUGGGGAAUCUUAAUAAAACUCAACGUGGUCCACUUCAGUUACGAGUAUUACACCACACAGGUGUAUAUUUUCCCAGUGACCGUCUGUUUAGCACAUUCCAACAGCUGCCUAAACCCUAUUCUGUACUGUUUGAUGAGGAGGGAAUUCAGAAAGGCGUUGAAAAAGCUGUUUUGGCAAAUCACAUCGCCUUCUGUGACGAAUAUGAGACCGUUUACCGCCUCCACGAAGCCCGAGCAGGACGAGCAUGGCCACGCGCUGGCUCCUAUCUGUCCUGCUUUGCCCGAGCUCAUUUUCUAUCCACCAGGGGUUGUCAUGUACAACGGCAGGAAUGACCUGCUGCCCAACAGCACAUAA